CACAAAAAUUCUAAUCUCUUGCUAUUAAGAAGGUACUCGCAAAAUUAUAAUAAUUUCGCAAAGUAAAUAAACAAACAAAACAAAUAAAUUUUGUUAAAAAAAGUAAAAAAGAAAGAAAUAAUCAAUUUCAUUUCCCACCUGAUAGAAUAGCGAGCAGAAAGCAUUCUUCUGAUAAUAUUAGAAAUAAAUUAAAAUAAACUCAUUCAAUUAACAUAGGAUAAAAAGCAUCAAAUAGCAGAAAUUAAUUAAAUGUCUGAAUCAUCAAAGGAUCACGCUCGCUCAAGUAGUUCAUUGUCAAAUCAAUCAGAUGAUAAAAAUAUUAAUAGCAAAAGAAAACACUCUGAUGACACUUCUACUAAUGCAUCAGGUAGAAAAAAAUAUAAUGUUAUCAAUGAAGAUGUUAGAAAAAAGAUAAUCUAGAAGCUCACUGAGGAGAGUGCGAAUAUCAAAGAGGUAGCCCAAGAAUAUGGAUUGAAGCUAUCAACAUGUAAAGCUAUUUUGCAGGUGUAUUAAAAGGAAGGAAGAAUUGGUAAAAAAGCAACACGUGAUAGAAAAUCUAAAAUUGUUAGCACUAUAUUAGUGACAAGAAUUGACCCUAUGAAUCCAUAAACUUCUACUAUUACUCCAUACAUACAUAUCGCAGAGGCUAAGACUGCAUCCAAAAAGGGAGAUGAAAAUGCUCAAUCAGAUCUUAUAAAGGAAGCCUUAAAAAAUGCCUAAGAGCACGUAAGAAGCGUAAUAUAAAAUAAUUCUCAGGAAAUUUACUUUGGAAAUAAAGUACCCUCUAGUUGCAAGCGUGAUAUAGAAAGUGCCUUUUUAGAAGCAUAAAGAGAUGCGAUAAAGAGUUUACUAAAGAAUAAUCCUUUGCCUUAAUAAGAUUUAUCUAAGGGUCACUCUUCACCUGAAAGCAAUAAUAAGCACGGAACUACUCCAGCAGCUUUCUCUCAUUAUAACUAAUCUAAUCAGAUAAAUAAUUAGCCCUCUUAAAAUCAAUAAACAUCUAGUGGAAAAUCACUAGAAGGUCCACCUUCUAAUUUAAUGAUCUCUCCAACUGGAAAAUCUGGCUUCAAGUAACAUAACAGCAAUUUGACAAACCAAGUAAAUAAUAAUAUUAUUGGACUAAUGAAUCAAUAAGCUGGCUAAGUUAAUUAAAUAAAUAAUGUCGGAGAUCUUUCUAACUAGUAACUUGGGCUUCAGUACGACACUACAAGCUUGUCAAAUAAUUUACAAGACAACAAUGACUAAGUCCUAGGCAUUCAAGAAUCUCAAAAGAAAAUUUAAAGCCAAUCAAAGUUAAGCCAACAUACAAGAAAGAAUCCCCACUAAGCUCAACUUAUUUAACAACAAAACUAGAUGCAGUAGUAGCAAUUGUAAUAAUAAUAGCAAUAAUUUGCUCAUCCAUCCCUUUAAUAACAGCAACAAAAUAAUUAAAAUACCACCAAUUCUUCCUUCAAUAGUUUCUCGAAUCCACCUGCAAGCAACAGUAAUGCAACUUCUGGAGGAUAUACAUAGGCUGAUGCUAAUUUAGUUCUUGAUUAAUAUAAUCAAAGUCUCAAGAACAAUGGGUGGAGCGAUACCUAAAAUUUUAAUAAUUAAUCUCCCUCGAUGUCCACUAUGAAUGCAAGUCCAGCUAUAACUCCAUUCUUGAAUCCUUUCACAUUGAAUUCUCCAUCUCUUUCUAGUGCUCAAAAUAAUUACGCCACUUCCUUCUUAUCUCCUCUCAACUUAGCAUUAAGUAGUAAUUCUGCACCUACAGCUCACAAACCUUCAUAGUUUUCACUAAAUUAGAAUUAUUAAUCAGAAGAAAUCAGCAAAAAGCAAUUCAUUUCAAAAGAUAAUCAGCGAAACAACAGCAAUAAUAUAAUAAUGUUUUUUGAUAAUCCAUUGAAGAGCAUUUUUGAAUGA